GUAUACUAUUCAAAAAAAGUAGGGGAUAUUUGAUUUUGGGGGCAUAAUACUAAAAUAUGCAAAUGACUACGAAAAAAGUCACUAUAGAACCUAACAGAAGAAACAUUUCCAGUUACAUGUGACGCCCAAACGCACCAAUAGCUACCGCAUGGAAUGCAGGUGAUGCUUGGGAUCAUCAUGGGGGUCCAACCCAAGAUUUGCACGACUCUGACUUUGAAUGUUACAGUCAUUGUGGCAUUGAAUUCCAGGGGGAAACAUCAGUUUAAUUGUUUUAGUGACCAGAAAACAAAUUUUGAUAUGCGUCGGCUUACCAAAAAUGAAAGGUUACGUGCCCUUGGCAUGCUACAGAUCGGCACAACACAGGCGGUUGUGGCGCAGACGAUGAAUGUUUCUCAGUCUGUCAUAAGCAGGCUAUGGUCCAGAUACCGUGAUACACAAUCUGUACAGGACAGACCACGCUCAGGUCGACCAAGGGCGACAACUCAAGCCCAGGAUCGAUUUAUCCGUACCUUGGCCUUGAGAAAUCGUGUCAUCACAGCAAAUCAGAUCAGCGCUCGUCUUCAAACAGACACUGGUGUGAGAGUGAGUGGCCAGACGAUUCGGAAUCGACUGCAUAGGGGUCACCUUCGCGCCCGACGUCCUCGCGUGAUCCCUUGUUUGAGAGAUCAUCACAUUCAGGCAAGACGUCGUUGGUGUAGGGAUCGUCAACACUGGGAUAAUCGACGCUGGAGCAAUGUGAUGUUUUCAGAUGAGUCAAGGUUCACUGUUAAUUUUUUGGACAGACGUAGGAGGGUGUGGCGUCGUCGAAACGAGCGCUUCCAAGACGUUAACGUCAUCAGACAUGAUCGAUUUGGGGGUGGUUCUGUUAUGGUGUGGGGAGGCAUCACUGUUGCUGGAAGAACGGCUUUACAUGUUGUUGCAGGGCGUGUUACAGGCCAGUACUACCAGGACAACAUCUUGGCAGUCCAUGUUGUGCCGUUCGCACGACGUCAUGGCCGCCGUUUCAUCUUCCAGGAUGACAACGCAAGAUGUCACAGGGCCAGGAUCGUUACAGGUUACCUCCAACAACAGAACAUCACCACAUUACCUUGGCCAGCACUGAGUCCCGACCUCUCCCCCAUCGAGCAUGUCUGGGAUAUGCUUGGACAGAGGUUACGUCAACGUCAACAACGUCCUGCCAAUGUCCAAGAACUUGCUGCUGCGUUGCAACAGGAAUGGGACAAUCUGGACCAAAAUGACCUCAGACGUCUCAUUAGGAGUAUGCCACGUCGGAUCAAUGCUUGUUUGGCAAACAGAGGAGGAUUUACCCUUUACUGACUUGGUUGUGAUGCUGUGGUAACUUUGCUGUUUGACCCCGGGUAUCAUUUUACCCUUAUAAUGGUCAGUCUGUGCCUUACUUAGUCUAACGAUCAUUUGGAAUAAAUCGAUGAAUGUGAACUUCAUUUCAUUUUGUCAUUUGUUUCUUCGUCAGUUUCAUUAGGUGACUUUAAUAACACUUAAAAAUCAAAUAUCCCCUACUUUUUUUGAAUAGUAUAUUUUAUCUUACAAUUAUUCUUAUUGGUCAGACCCAAUGAUCUUCAGUGGUACAAUUCUUCGUAUUUGUCUGACCCAAUGAGCCUUACAAGUCUUCUUAAUGGUGAAAAAUAACCCAAUGAUCUUCAGUGAUAAAGUCUAUUUAAUGAUGAAAAAAACUGUGAUGUUCUUCAAGUUCACAAUUCUUGUCAUCGGUGCCCAAAGAUUUAAAGAUGGAGUUGGAAGACAUGGAAGCUUUACUAAGAAAUAGAAAUAAUCCCCCCAAUAGUAUUUUAUCUUACAAUUAUUCUUAUUGGUCAGACCCAAUGAUCUUCAGUGGUACAAUUCUUCGUAUUUGUCUGACCCAAUGAGCCUUACAAGUCUUCUUAAUGGUGAAAAAUAACCCAAUGAUCUUCAGUGAUAAAGUCUUUUUAAUGAUGAAAAAAACUGUGAUGAUCUUCAAGUUCACAAUUCUUUUCAUCGGUAAGAAUUAAAAUCUUCCAAUUAUUGAGAAGAAAACCAAUGGUACAAGUCUUCCAACAAUUCCUUGAAUAUUCCUUGAUAUGGUAAUACUUUCACAUGGAAAACUAAUAUUUAUUUUUACAACGCUAACAGUACAGCGGCUCUGUAAGGCCAGCAAAUGAAAUUUGUGAUUGGCUGGUUCUACAGCUCUGAUCUAAUUAUGGUUAGAGAAUAUUAAUCUUGUUAUGUCAGGUCACAAUGUUGCUAAUCGAAAUUUAACUUGUGCUCACAAAUCAAAAUAUAUUGGAAGUGUAUUCAAAGCUUUUUGCUUGUCAAGCAGCCACAGGAUUUCUUUCUUUGCCUUUUGAUUAAUCUAUGUAUGUUAUAAUUUGAAAUAGCCAAAGUUAAAUACAAUUUUAUGAUCUGGAAAAAUGUUAGUUUCGAGAACUCCAGACCAAAUUGUCUGCAAUAUUAAUCUGGAAAAAAAAAGGGGACCAACAGUGCUAACUGACUCCACUCGUCUUAAAGAGCACAUUAAAUGACCAAUAUAAAUAGUAUGUACUUUAGGCUAGUGUUACUAUACAAUUUAUUACAAUUUAAUUCAAAUCCAUUCAUAAUCAAAUGAGACAUCUUCUUCCAAAGUCACAAAUAUGGAACUGCCCUGAAACCAAUUAUGCCAAUUAUCUAAAACACUCAAAUUUGUUAUAUAUGAAAUUGGCGAGACAGCGCAGUAUUCCAUGUAAAACGAGUGGUUUAACUUUAGUUCAUAUUUAGAAUUUGUCAUGAAUAUGCCAUAAAUCUGCCCUUUCUGAGUUAGUCCCCUACACAUAGUUUUAGGGGGUUGUAAAUCAUUAACACCGAUGUGCAAAGGAUUAUUGUUGAUCACUGUCUGCAACUGUGCCCUCCAACAAAUACACAUUAUAGUAGACUCUUUAUAAAAUGGGUGUUAUCAAUCACUGAACCCCAUCGCUCUAUUGUCUUGCCACCUUUCUUGCUUGUAACUAGAAAAUUGAAUAAUUAAUUCAAAGCUGUGCUAUAACUGAAACUAUUGUAGGAAUUAUAAUGAUGAUUUUGUUAAAACUUUGUAUCAUGUAAAUCUUUUUAUUAAAAGUUUACUUGUGAGACAGUGCAAACUAAAUGCAUACAAAGCUUCACGAGAGACAGAUAUUAUAAACCCUCUGAUAAUCUCUCUGGUGCAUGUGCAAAAUGUGCCACAUUGGAUGAUUAGAAGUGGUGCAUUGCAUCCUUUAUUUUUAGCAAAUGUUAUCUUCUUUUACUUUAAUUUGUUUUCAGUUAAAAAUAUGCUUAAACAUACAUUAUGCAAGAGAUAAAUCUGCCUAUUGUAGGUCUUUCUUUAGGCCUGAAAUGUUAUAUAAACUAUUAAUUAGACAUUAAUUAACGUAUCCAGACCAUAAUCAACUCUUGAUGUCAACGCUAGCCUGCGAUAAUUGUUGGAUUAUGAUCCAAUUUGCUGUAUAACUUUCCUUCUCGAUUUAACGAUUAAGUAGAUAAUCGAGACUAUGAUUUUUGUCGUACUGACUGUAGUAAUGAUGACUGAGGUUAUACCGAACUUUCGAUCGCUUAUUCCUCGGUUUAUAGUGGAUCAAUUUGACUGAAAUUAUCAGCAAAUUGCCUUUACAUUAUCUAGUUUUUAACUAUUAUAGUGAGAACUGCCAACUUGUUAUCUAAUCUCCCAUAAUGUAUCUUUAAUGAAUCAAAUUAGGAAACCUUUGAAUUGCGUCCUACCAAAUAUAGUAUUGAAUGGGUUGAUCAGUAUUCUACUUCCACAUUUAUUGGAUGAUGCUUGUCACAAUUUGCUCUAAUAAAGUUAAUUUGCACAAAAAUCAAUUAUAUCUCAAAAUUGACCCUGUGGACCAAAUAUUUUACAUGUAAACAGGUACUGAUUUCACAAAACAAAGAAACUAGUAAUUAAAAAAAUUUAAUUUCAAAUUUAACUUUGAUUUUUUUUACCUAUUUCCAGAGAUCGCAUAAAAAAGUUCUAAACAUCCAACAUAUUUUGAUUGUUAUAUUGUAUGGAAUACAAUUACUGUUUAUUAGUUUUACUGUUUAACAGUUUUAGUUUAAGAAUUGGGUCACCUUCAGGGUUAUUGUUGUUUAUUUAUAUGUAAAUAAGGUGGUAUCAUUUUUAUAAGACAUCAUUUCGUUGUUAAAUUCAGAUUAGAGAUAUCCAGUGGAAUGGUUGCUCUGUUAAUAAAAAACCAGUAAUUAUAUUACAUAGAAAUGUAUCCUGAGUAUAACCUGAUCCAUUACUAAAUUCCAUCCAAACAAUUUUAAUUGAUGUUAAUGAAAUUUGUUAUUGUUUUUGUUUUGAAAUAAAGCUGCCAAAUGCCAAUUAGUUAUUAACUAUUAUAUAAUAUCGUGUGUUUUUUUUUAUUUUGGUGUGGGGAGGAGGGGGG